AUGGCAUCGUCUUCCCAACUAGCUUCCAACCCAGUCAAGCGACGAAAUCGCAGACGCCGUCAAGACAAGCCCGCUAUUGCUGCCAAACUUGUCCUUGACGACCAUAUCAAGAGCGAUGUCGGCAUAGUGUCCGAAGACAUAUUCCGCGACCUUUUCCCUCACCUGGCUAACGCUCAACUAUACCAAGGCGCCACCGAGGAUGUCCACCACAUUGCGAUCGCUCCAUGGCAACCGAACGCGAACCCCAUCGACAGCCCGUGGUCGAUUGUACCGAUUAUAGAGUCUUCCGCGCUUGCUCCCUCGACUGUCCGGUUCUCACCGUCUUCUGCUUCUCUGCAGAGCUUCGCCGUCACCCUGCAGCAAGUUGCGCCAUCCAAGCUAUCGAGCCAUAGCCGUGGUGGAAUCGAAAUUCUGGUCCUCGAUGUUGCGCCCGUACCUCUCGAGACCGUUUUCGUGAGUCUGGAGAGUGAAUUGACGAAAAGACUCGAAAAUGGGGAGGGGACAUUCUACAGAGAUCAUCCCGCAAGCUCCAAAGAGAAAAGCGCCGGUUCGACGUCUGAUGACCGGCUCGUGGCUUCUCUGAGGGCUGCCUUGAGCAGUCUCAAGGUUGUCCACGCUGGUGAUUUGUUCCCACUUCCUCUGCCACCACACCCAUUCACUCAUGUACCCCCCAAUCCUGGAAAGAUCAUGCUGUGUGAGCCUGUUGCUCAAGGUGUCUUGACGGAGCCUCGAGGCCGCCUAUUCAAGGCACAAGGCUUAAUGGAGCAGAUCCCCGCAGACAUCUUACACCCAAAGCCAUCGAUAGAAGACGACGAGGAAGCGCGCAUCUACGUUGAUGUGACAUCCCUAAGUCGCAUUGGGUGCUUCUCUGGAGAUUGGGUCAGGAUCGAAGCCGCCGACGAACCUCCCGCAAACGGAUUUGGUGCUUUUGGCCUGGGAAGCUUUGGACAAGCCGAGCCUGAGCCCGCGAAAUGGAGACCUGUCCGAGUUUAUGGACUCCCUGAGGGCUAUUCGCAACGCCCUAUGACCAGGAUACCAAGUGCUAAGCACGGCGAGCGAAGGUUGUCUUUCUUCGAAUCGCAAAUCCAACGACCUGCUAGUCCUACUGCCUAUGCAUCUCCCAUCCUCCUUGCCAACCUCGACGAUGCGCCCUAUCUCCGUCUUGCGCCUCUGAAGAAAUCGUCAUAUCAAGGGAAGGGGACAAUCCCUAGAUUCACUAGCGCAGCCAGACCACCGUAUGCUCGGGACAUUACUAUUCAUCACAUUCGAACUCCCAUUUCUGCAGAGCGGGCUUUUCAAACCGCCGUUCUGGGUGGCCUAAAACGUUACUUUGCGCAGAAAAUCCGCCUUGUUCGAAGCGGAGACCUAAUUGCUGUCCCAGUAGAUGCUGAGCUCGGCCGUACACUGCAGGAGAUGCCCGGCGCUGGAGGGUCGGAAGUGGACGACGUGAUGGCGCUUACUGUCGGUGGUCAGGAGACUGGAAAGCAGCCUUCCAAGUUUGAUAGCGUUGCGUGGUUCAAAGUUGGGCACAUCCAAAUUCACAAGUCUGAUGAAGACGAGGACGGAAGUGCCGAAGCUUUCUGGGGAUCAGUUGCAUGCAUUGAUAGCUCGUCUGUUGCUAUGCAUGGUUCGGGCUUUGAAACAAGCCGGAUUCCUGGUAUCAAGCAAAGCACAUGGCAGUAUUACCUUGGCCUUAAAAAGACACCCAAGAAGCCAUCAGAAACAACUCCAGCCCCUAUUCAAGAGCCCGAGUUGCCCUAUGUGUCACCUCUCAGACGCCAGCUGAGGGAGCUGAUCGCAGCUGCUACAAGCGCGAGGGCGAUUCAUCUGAAGAUGCCCCCUGUUGCGGUGUUAUUGACCUCCACGCAUCGAAAUAUUGGAAAAUCCAUUCUGGCAACAGGUGCCUGCUCCGAUAUGGGUCUGCAUACAUAUACUAUAGACGCUUACGAUAUCCUCAGCGAAGGAAGUGGCAGUGGAAGUGAUGUCAAGACAGAGGGUUUCCUCAGGACAAGGGCAGAGCGCGCUAUGAGUUGCGGUUCUGACUGCUGUGCUCUGCUGGUUCAACACGUCGAGGCUCUCACUGCCGAUAGAAUUGAGUCGACUAUCAAGGAAAUCCUUGAAGACACUCGAGUUAUGAUUGCCACAACGAACGAGGUCGACAAGGUGCCUGAUGGAGUCCGAGCACUGUUUACGCAUGAGUUGGAAAUGACAGCACCUGACGAAGCAGAGCGUGAAUCCAUUCUCAAAUCCAUUAUUAGCGACAGGGGUGUCAGUCUUGAGCCGUCUAUUGAUCUCAACUCGAUCGCCCUAAAGACUGCUGCGCUUGUAGCCGGCGACUUGGUUGAUGUGGUUGAGCGUGCGUCUAUCGCUCAGCAAUCAAGGCUUGAACAACUAUCGGCCAAGAAUACGCACGAGAACACCAUAAUAACGGUACGAGAUGUGCAGGUUGCUGGUGGCCCUCUGGCCCGCUGUCUGACCAAGAGUGAUUUUGAGAUUGCUGUUGAAGCUGCUCGCAAGAACUUCUCCGACUCCAUUGGCGCACCCAAGAUCCCCAACGUUACCUGGGACGACGUAGGUGGUCUCAACAACGUCAAGGAGGCUGUUACCGAGACAAUUCAACUGCCUCUUGAACGACCUGAGCUCUUUGCAAAGGGCAUGAAGAAGCGAUCGGGUAUUCUCUUUUAUGGCCCUCCUGGAACUGGAAAGACAUUGCUGGCCAAGGCGAUUGCUACAGAAUAUAGUCUCAACUUCUUCAGUGUUAAGGGACCCGAGUUGCUCAACAUGUACAUCGGAGAGUCUGAAGCCAACGUUCGACGUGUGUUCCAGCGUGCUCGCGAUGCUAGGCCCUGUGUCGUCUUCUUUGAUGAGCUGGAUUCCGUGGCUCCUAAGCGUGGCAACCAAGGAGAUAGUGGUGGUGUCAUGGAUCGUAUCGUUUCUCAGCUUCUGGCAGAACUAGAUGGCAUGUCUGGAGGGGACGACGGCGGCGGCGGCGUCUUUGUUGUUGGCGCAACCAACAGACCAGAUCUUCUGGAUCCUGCCCUUCUACGUCCUGGUCGCUUCGACAAGAUGCUUUACUUGGGUGUUUCUGACACCAACGACAAGCAGCAAACCAUUCUAGAAGCGCUUACCAGAAAAUUCACCCUCCACCCGUCUGUUUCUCUCGCAUCCGUGGCAGAGAAGCUCCCGUUCACCUAUACUGGUGCCGAUUUCUAUGCUCUAUGCAGUGAUGCAAUGCUCAAGGCGGUUACACGCCAGGCCACAGCAGUAGACAACAAGAUCCGCGCCAUCAACGCCGACCCAGAAACCCAUCACCCUAUCUCAACAGCCUAUUACUUUGACCAUUAUGCCACACCAGAGGAUAUCGCCGUCAUGGUCCAGGAACAAGACUUCCUUGCUGCUAAUGAAGAGCUCAUUCCCAGUGUCAGUGCUGGCGAAUUGGCUCAUUAUGAGCAUGUCAGGGCUACUUUUGAGGGAGUUCGAGGGACAGAGAAGGAUAACAAGCCUGCCCCGGUUCAACGGGCUGUGUCAGGGGCAUCGACAUCGUCCAAGGGCAAGGGUAAAGCAGUCGCAUCGGGACCCGGCAAGGGCAAAGGCAAGGGGAUUGCCUUGACCAGUGACGACGAAAUCGAUGAGGAGGAUGAGGUAGAUGAUAUGAACGGACAGUCCAAGGGCAAGGGAAAGGCACCCAUGGGAUUCCAGGAUGGAACAGCCAGCGAUGAUGAAGGGCUGUAUUAA